UUUCCUAGGUGGAUUUGUGAAGUUUAGCAAACAGAGUUGUCUCAUAAAAUUGCGAAGAUUCUUCUAAAACCGUUAAAGAAAUCACCCUAUCGACUUCUCGAAGAAAGAUUCAUAUCACUUUUGCAGACAUGUAGGAAUCUGAAACAACUUAAACAGAUUCAAGACCAGAUAAUCACUAAUGGGUUCCAGCAUAACGAGUACAUCGCCCCAAAAAUCGUCACAGCCUGCGCCGAGUCGAAGAAAAUGGGCUAUGGCCGCUUGUUUUUCGAUCGAAUCCCAGACCCAAAUUCGGUGCUCUGGAAUGCAAUGUUCAAAGGGUACGCAGAGAAUGAGUUCUACAGAGAGGUUUUGGUUCUGUUCAAUCAGAUGAAGAGUAGGGACGUAAGGCCCAGCGCUUUCACGUUCCCUUUUGUUCUCAAAUCUUGCGGGAAGAUUUCUGCUUUACGAGAAGGUAAGGAGGUGCAUUGCCUUGUAAUCAAAUCUGGGUUUCAGGGGAACCCAUUUGUUGGGACUACACUGAUUGAUAUGUAUUCGGGUGGAGGAGCAAUUGAAUCUGCUCAUCAAGUGUUCUAUGAAAUGCCUGAUAAGAAUGUGGUCGUAUGGACCGCAGUCAUAGCUGGGUAUAUUUUGGUUAAUGACAUCGACCAUGCUCGUAAGCUCUUUGAUCUGACAUUAGAACGUGAUGUUGUGCUAUGGAAUACUAUGGUUUCUGGGUACAUUGAGUCAGGUGAUAUGUUAAGGGCUCGGGAGCUCUUCGAUGAGAUGCCAAACCGUGAUGUGAUGUCGUGGAACACUAUUUUGGUUGGAUAUGUGAACAAUGAGGACCUCAAAGCCGCUGAGGAGUUGUUUGAAGUUAUGCCAAAGAGGAAUAUCUUCUCUUGGAAUGGACUAAUUGGGGGAUAUGCACGUCAUGGUCGGUUCUUUGAUGUUUUGGUUGCAUUCAAGAGGAUGUUAUCUGAGUCUGAUAUUGUUCCUAACGAUACAACGCUUGUGACGAUCUUGUCUGCUUGUGCUAGAUUAGGAGCACUUGAUCUGGGUAAAUGGCUUCACAUUUAUGCUGAGAGCAAUGGGUUUAAGGGGAAUGUAUAUGUAGGAAAUGGAUUGAUUGACAUGUAUUCAAAAUGUGGGAGCAUUGAAAGUGCGAUUGAUGUCUUCAACAGCAUGAAAUUUAAAGAUUUGAUAACUUGGAAUAGCAUGAUUUGUGGGUUGGCUAUGCAUGGGCGAGGGACUGAUGCCUUGAAUGCCUUUGAUUGCAUGAAGAGUAUGGGAGAAAAACCGGACGGAAUCACCUUCAUUGGAGUGCUGUCUGCCUGCACUCAUAUGGGCUUGGUUGAGAAUGGCUUUUCUUAUUUCCAAUCAAUGACUGAUGAGUAUUCUAUCAUGCCUCAAAUUGAGCAUUUCGGUUGCAUUGCUGAUCUUUUAGGCAGGGCUGGUUUGCUGAACCAAGCUGUAGAUUUUGUGAGAAAGAUGCCUAUAAAAGCAGAUAGUGUUACCUGGAGUGCCUUACUUGGAGCUUGUCGGGUUCACAAAAAUGUCGAAUUGGCUGAGCUUGCUCUUGAACAUCUUAUCGAGCUUGAGCCAAAUAAUCCUGCAAAUUACGUUAUGCUUUCAAAUAUUUAUGGAGAUGUUGGGAGAUGGGAAGAUGUAGCAAAAUUGAAAGUUGUUGCAAGGGAGAUGGGGGUAAGAAAAAUUCCUGGGUGUAGUUCAAUUGAGGUGAAUGAUAGUGUUAUGGAGUUCUACUCAUUAGAUGAGAGGCAUACUUGCAGAGAUGAGAUUUACGAGGCAUUGGGAGGAUUAACUGAGCUGUUGAAAUCUUAUGGGGAUGAACUCGAUCUCAAGGAUCUUUGGGAAGAAAAUGGAGCAAGUUAGACAGGCUAUGAACAG